AUGCGCUGUGGCGUCAUUGCUGAUUUUCAGCGGUCGUCGGCCGGCAGCCGCAGCGUCUCGCGCCGGUCCAGCGACACGUCGAGCAUGUGCACGAAGCUGAGCUGGACGCACUCGGCCGCCAACGCAACACCAAGUGCCAGCGACGAGAAGGACAAUUUCAUCUUGCUGGAUCUGACCAAGGACAUUGAGAACCUCCGGUUCCACUUUUCGCCGCCGCCGCCGGGACGCCGGGAGAAAUCCGCGUCGCUGCAGUAUUACAUGGACGCCGACCUCAAGCAGCCGCCGCCUGCGCGGCCCCAUCGCGCGACGACCUACUCGUCCCUGCUCGAGUAG